GGGUUUGGUUUUUUUUUUAGUUAUUCUGGAUUUUUUUGCUUUUAGCAUCCGCCUGAGUUGGAUUCCCUGCAGUAAAACCCAGGGACCUUGCUUCUUGAGAGAGCGUAGCAGAGGGUGAUGUGUGUCUGGGGACGCUUUUCUCCACCACUGAGCCUCCAGGCUCUUCCCCAGGCCCUCUCGGGUGGGGAUUCGCUGGGCCGACAGGUCUGUUAAAACUAGAAAUGAGGAACAGCUGAUCCCUCAGCAACCACUGACCCUGCAGCAAUGAGGAUGGUUAAAAUGAGCCCGACCAUGGAUUUUAGACUCCCAAGCCAGUCCUUUCCCUUUGCUCCUUUGACAAGGAGUGCAGCAGAGUUGCUGCUGCUCCUGUGGCCGGGGACACUGUGGCGAAGGGGGUGUCAAUCCAUCAGCACUGCCCCGGAGUGGGAAGAGAGCCUGGGAGCCUUGAAUCCUGCUGUUGUCUUCAAACUAUUUGACCAUCCCUGUGCCUGCUGUUUGCAACGUCAACCCCACAAAAUGUCACCUGAAUCCGCAGCCACCGGCACUCCUUUGAAGCCUGGAUGGUGGAACGGAAACUCCUUGUUCUUUUUGGCAGCCAAACUGGGACGGCUCAAGACACAGCUGAGAGAAUUGGCAGAGAAGCCAAGCGACGGCACUUCCAGUGCAGAGUGGAGGCGCUGGACAGCUAUGACGUGGCCAACCUCAUCAAUGAGCUGUUGGUGGUGUUUGUGUGUGCAACCACCGGCCAGGGUGACCCACCUGACAACAUGAAGAUGUUCUGGCGGUUUCUGUUCCGGAAGAACCUGCCGCCUGGUUCCCUCUGCCAGCUGGACUACGUCGUGCUGGGCCUUGGCGACUCCUCCUAUCCCAAGUUUAAUUUUGUUGCGAAGAAACUGCACAAGCGGGUGCUACAGCUUGGGGGCAACCCUCUGCUGCCGGUGGCAUUGGGAGACGACCAGCAUGACUUGGGGCCAGAUGCAGUGGUUGAUCCAUGGCUCCUGGCCUUAUGGGACAAGAUCCUCACCUUAUAUCCUCUUGGUCCUGGCCUUGAGAUCAUCAGUCCGGAUGUACGCCUGCCCCCAAAAUACACCCUGCACUACCUGGCUGAGGACUCCCCACACCCCGAUGGUGGCCUGCUCCAGCCAACAUCACCCAGGGCUGUUCCCUCUGAGCUGCAUCCCUUCGCUGCCCGGGUGGUGUCCAAUCGGCGGGUCACAGCAGAAUCCCAUUUCCAGGAUGUCCGGCUCAUCGAGUUCGAUGUCAUGGGCUCAGGAAUCACGUUCAGUGCAGGGGAUGUGGUGAUGAUCCAGCCCCAGAACUGCCCCGAAGACGUGCAGCAGUUCUGCCAGCUCCUGCGCCUGGAUCCAGACAGACGCUUUGUGCUGAAGCCCACGGAGCCCGGCACAUCCCUCCCUGCCCUGUUGCCGCAGCCCUGCACCAUCCGGCACCUGGUCACCCACUACCUGGACAUCUCUUGUGUGCCGCGGCGCUCCUUCUUCGAGCUCUUGUCCUAUUUCUCUACGAACGAGCUGGAGCGGGAGAAGCUGCAGGAGUUCAGCUCUGCACAGGGCCAGGAAGAGCUGUACAGCUACUGCAACCGGCCCCGCAGGACCACCCUCGAGGCCCUCUGGGAUUUCCCUCACACCACGUGUGCCAUUCCACCCGAAUACCUACUGGACCUCAUCCCUCACAUCAGACCUCGCGCCUUCUCCAUCGCCUCCUCCGUGCUGGCUCACCCUGACCGGAUCCAGAUUCUCAUGGCAGUAGUGCGGUACAAGACACGGCUCAGCAAACCCCGCCGCGGUCUCUGCUCUUCUUGGUUGGCUUCUCUCAACCCAGAGCAAGGUGAUGUCCGGGUGCCUCUUUGGGUGAAGAAAGGAGGAAUGAAGUUCCCAGCUGACCCUGACACCCCUGUGAUCAUGAUUGGCCCUGGAACAGGGGUGGCACCUUUCCGAGCAGCGAUACAGGAGCGGGUGGCACAAGGACGUAGAGGGAACUGCUUGUUCUUCGGCUGCCGCCAGAAAUCCAAGGACUUCUACUGCCAGGUGGAGUGGGAAGAGCUGGUGGCAAAGGGCUUCCUGACACUCUUCACUGCCUUCUCCAGGGACCAGGAGGAGAAGGUUUAUGUUCAGCACCGCAUCAAGGAAAACCGAAGGCUGGUGUGGGAGCUGCUGAGCAGCGGGAGCGCUCAUGUCUACCUGGCUGGGUGAGUGAGAGGUCUCUGUGCAGGGACUGAGGGAGUGGGGCUGCUUGUCACUGCUUCUCCACCUCCUUCGGCUCAGCCUCCAGAGUGAGCACACCCUGCACCCCAGCGGGUCUCGGGACUGCAGUGACCAGGGCAGAGGCACCAGCUUGUUUCUCCUCUCUGUCCUGCUCCGCAAGCCCUGGGCUGAGAUGGCUGUUUCUCACCUACCCUGUGCUCUGGUUAGGAGGGGCAGAGCUGGCACCAUGGUAAAACUGCUCCAGCUGAUCCCUUGUGCCUGUCCCUCCAACUGCCAGCACCCAUGACCAGCAUCACAUGCCAGCGGGCUGCCUGGCCUCUGAUCCAUGGCAAAUCCAUACAUGAGAGAGCCCCGGCCUCUCUUCACACCCCUCCCCUCCAGUGGGGCUCAGUGAGACUGGAGAAAAAGGCUUGUGCAAUUCCUGUGGCUGCGCGGGUGGGCUGGAGGCUUUUCAAGCACAAUAUACCAGAGCUCCACUGGUGCUGGGGCUUGUGACCAACAGCUUUUGGGACCCUCGGCACAUCCUGGCUGGCUCUUUGUACCCAAAAAUGCCUUCCUGGGGCAGGGACAAGCCGCAAUGCACUGCAGCCUGUCUUCUUUGACAGCCUGGUAGUUCACCAGGUGUUUACCUUGGGUUGACAGGAAAUCUCAAACAGUUGGCCAGAAAAUGGGGUCUGGCCUUUGGAGGCAAAGCAUCUGCAGCUCCAUUCCUGUCUCUGUGGCUGUUUUCCUGGGCAAAACCCUUAACCUGCCUGCCCUUGUCACUGCCUGCAUGGCAGGGAGGAGGCCACGCACCUGCUGCCUGGAGCAAGGGUUAUGAAAUGCUUUGGGCUCCUUGAGCUGGCAAGAGGCUGGCAAUGGUGUUUGUCGUGCACCCCAUGACCUGGAAAGCGCUGUGCAAACCUGUGCCUUGCUGUCGACAUGAGCAGCAAUUGCAGGAGGCUCUUUCCUGCCUGUGCUGCACGAGAGCAGGAACUUCCCUGGCACCUCACAGAGUGAGACUGGCCUCACUGCAUUCCUGGGAGAAGGAGAUUUUUGUUUACUGCCCAGGAAGUGGAGGCCAGGCCGCCCACCGCCCCAUCGUUCACUGCUGCACCAGCACUGCUGCAUGAUCUGGUGUGCCUCACUGCGUCAUGGGGCUUCCUGGGGCCCUUACCGCAAACCAGUGAUUCCCACCCACAGAUCUGGGGUUUGGGUUUACUUUCCUCCAUCAAGCUGCACUUAGGACUUGGGUUUGUGCCUCCACCUGCAGCCCAAGUGCUAAGACCAUUGGGUGCCCAUCUGUGGUUUCCUGAUGGCUUUGUCCUCUCCCUCUUCCAUCCUCUUUGCUACUUUCUGGUGCUGAUGGGAGACACCCUCGGGGCUGCCAAAAAAGAU